AUGCGAGCGGACUUUGAAAUCGGACAAGUGCUUCGUGAUAAUAUUAUUCCUCGUGCGGUGCUUUUCUAUACUGGUGAAGCUGAUCUUGGCGAUGACAUGUUCGACAUUGGCGAGGAUGGUGAUGACGAGGAGGAGGAGGAAGAUGAUGAAUAUGACGAGUAG